UCCACUGCGACAAUGUUGCAAACGCUCAAAUGAUACAUUCUCUGAUAAAUCGCUACAAUAUUGUAAACAAUGUUUAUUCUGUCAAAUUCGAGAAUGCAUGGACAAGCGUCUCAAACCCCCAUCACUCCUCCUUCGAUGGUGUCUCCACGGAGUGUGAUUGGAUUAGAGACGGUUACCCUUUCCCCUCUAACCCGGUGAUGUUGGCUGUUUCCUGCUCUCACUACUCGACUGCCGAAGCUGCACUGAACUCAGCUCAGAUACCGGACGCUUUAAUCAAAGCAAAAGCCUAUCAGACAAUUAUUUCACAUUCAAACAUACAGCAAUGCGAAGGAAAUCGAGGAUAUUACUAUGCUUUGCUGUCCUCUGGGUGCUUGGCAUAGCAUAUUAUUUCUAUUCAGGAACAACGUUGAGUCGAAAGGAUGACUGGAACGCUAUUGACUCAUCAAAUCAGGCCCAGGCCCACAGCAACGCAGAUGACAAAACCCACAGUCUGGAGACACUCCCCCCAGGCAAGGUGAGGUGGCAAGACUUUGACCAGGACCUAUAUGUCGGUGCUACGGUGGUGCGGCCGGGGCAGGAUCCCUACGCUCGCAACAAGUUCAAUCAGGUGGAGAGUGACAAGCUCAGGAUGGACCGUGGAGUCCCUGACACUAGACACGACCACUGCCGGCAUAAACAGUGGAAGACUGAGCUGCCUGCUUCUAGUGUGGUCAUUACCUUCCACAAUGAGGCCCGCUCAGCUCUGCUCCGCACCGUGGUCAGUGUCCUUAAGAAGAGUCCCCCACACCUUGUCAAGGAGAUUAUCCUGGUGGACGAUUACAGCGACAACCCUGAGGAUGGAGCUUUGUUGGGGAAAAUUGAGAAGAUCCGGGUUCUUCGAAAUGAUCGACGAGAAGGUCUGAUGAGAUCUCGGGUGAGGGGGGCCGACGCAGCCACUGCCAGUGUUCUCACCUUCCUGGACAGCCAUUGCGAGUGUAACGAACACUGGCUGGAACCGCUGCUGGAGAGAGUGGCUGAGGACAAAACGCGAGUUGUUUCCCCCAUCAUCGACGUCAUCAACAUGGACAACUUCCAGUACGUAGGCGCCUCGGCCGAUCUCAAAGGAGGAUUUGAUUGGAACCUGGUCUUCAAGUGGGACUAUAUGACCCUGGAGCAGAGGAGGGCGCGUCAAGGAAACCCCACUGCUCCAAUCAAGACUCCCAUGAUUGCCGGCGGACUCUUUGUCAUGGACAAGGACUACUUUGAGUUGCUGGGGAAGUACGACAUGAUGAUGGAUGUGUGGGGCGGAGAGAAUCUAGAGAUCUCUUUCCGCGUGUGGCAGUGUGGCGGCAGUCUAGAGAUCAUUCCCUGCAGUCGAGUGGGACACGUCUUCAGGAAGCAGCACCCAUAUACCUUCCCUGGGGGCAGUGGCACCGUGUUUGCUAGGAACACGAGGCGAGCAGCAGAGGUGUGGAUGGACGAGUUUAAGAACUUCUACUACGCCGCUGUGCCCUCGGCCCGAAACGUGCCCUAUGGCAACAUUCAGAGCAGAAUGGAAAUGAAGAAGAGGCUGGGCUGCCAGCCAUUCAAGUGGUACCUGGAGAACGUGUACCCUGAGCUGCGGGUCCCUGACCAUCAGGACAUUGCCUUUGGCGCUCUGCAGCAGGGAGGUAACUGCUUAGACACGCUGGGACACUUUGCAGAUGGAGUGGUGGGGGUCUACGAAUGCCACAACGCUGGGGGAAAUCAGGUAUCAUUCAGGGCUCAGGAAUGGGCGCUGACCAAGGACAAGUCAGUAAAGCACAUGGACCUUUGUCUGACGGUGGUAGACCGCACCGCAGGCUCACAAAUCAAGCUGCAGGGCUGCAGGGAAAAUGACAGCAGACAGAAAUGGGAGCAGAUUGAGAGCAACUCUAAGUUGCGGCACGUGGGUAGCAACCUGUGCCUGGACAGCCACAGUGCACGCACUGGGGGGCUGACAGUGGAGGUGUGCAGCCCCAACCUCAACCAGCAGUGGAAGUUCACUCUCAACCUCCAACUCUAGAGAGACAGUAUCCCCACCACCACCUCUUCCACCACCACCUCCUGCUCUCCUCCCCGGAGCCACAUAGACUAGAGCCACCCAGCAACAACUACGGACAGAUGGACGGACAGACGGAGGCCCCCGGAGGGGCAACAACACACAGAGGGAAGGAUAUGAAACUACAGACCAAGUGGGAUGAUGAUGCUUUCCAUUCAACUAUAUACCUCAGUGUUUCAUCUUUAGUCCUGCUCUUUGGAAAGUGAAUGUUAUUCUUCUUAAUGCAGGUGAAAUGGAAUUAACUUUCUGGAUGUUUUAAUUUUUUUUUUUUACGUGUUCCUUUAAAAUUUCUCUUUCCACUGAAGUUCACUGCGUUUCUGAAAUGGAUGCGACUUAUUUUGUUGUCCUUUUUCUCUCUCAAGUAAUCUAUCUUUGUUGAAUGUAAAAGACGUAUUCCAUAGAGGUUUCCCGACUAGACCGAGACGGCCCAGGAAGAAAGCUGAUGGUUUUGGUAUGGUUUCAGUUGGGUUUGGCCCCUUAAAAGUCCUGCUGGUAGAAGGAAAGGACUCUACGCACUGUUCCUUUCAUUCACUGAAACACUUCUCUACUGAUUGGUGGGCUGUUCUGACAGAGUGAACAGUAAAGAGAUGGAGAGAACAAAAUCAGUCUUUUUCUUCUACAAUUAUACAGAAUUUUCAUCCUGCUCCUGUCACACGUGUUGUAAAAAGGUGCGUCAUCUGAUCAGAAGGGUGCUCUUCGCGGGUCUCUCAUGGAUACUUUUGGGGCCAGGAGUUGUCGAGGCUGUGGAUGUAUCGCUGCUGGGUCAUCAGAUUGUAGCACUUGUUGCUACGACUCUUCAUUCUUUUUCCCAUCACAAUUGAAUGGAAAACAUUUUAAAAAUAUAUAUAUUUCAUUCAUGUAUUUUUUCCUUUGCAAAAGCAGUACAGUGUCCAUGUUUAUUGAUUUAUUUGUAACAGACAUUUAAUAAUUUUUUGUUCAAUUAUACUGUAGAAUAAUCAACUAAGUUACACAGUAAAUUGAACUGAUAUUUCUUUAUACUCGUUGCUUGACUGUGCUCUUGUGAGUAAAAACGUAUCUAUUUACUGUACCAAUUUUCUUUUCCUUCUCCCUUUUCAGUGUGUGUGUUACCAUGGUAACAACCUCAUACAAAUGAGUAAAGAGUUUAUUACAGGGUAAUGUUGGAACCAUCAUUUCCAUUCUUAGAAGUUCUAUAAGUGUUCUUGAAAUGUUCUCACACACAGUGUAUGUAUACAUUGGAGUCCUUAUUGUCACUAUUUGUGAUUUGCCAUUUUAGAAAAGUUCACUUCAUCUGAGGUAAGCGACAAAGACAGCAUUUACAUGGGAGGGCCUUGUGUUGCAUGUUGUACCAAUACUUGAGCGUCUUUUUUUCCCUGUCCUUUUGUUUGUCUCGACAUUGCACGCAUGCUUUGUGAAUGAUGUCUUUGCCUUUUUUGAUAUCCAUCAUACUGUAAAGGGGAAUGUGAUUUUGUGCGCUAGUGAACAGGUUUCUUGAAGGAGGGCAGGUCAUUCGGCUAUAGUUAACUGGACUCAAGGGAGAAAAGCAAUAAGAUGUUCUUAUUUCAGUAUCAUUGUUGUGCAUUUAGCUCGCAUCUGCUUCGGGUCUAUUCUGAUUGGGUUAUUACAUUAGCUUGUGAUUUAUGUGGUACUUUAAACGUUACUGUUAGUUUCUGAGGGGCAGCAGAAACCACCGCUAAUGUGACGGCCAAAGGAGCCUAUAACGACUUACGAAAGCAAAGAUUCAUCCAUUGACAUGGCAUUGUUUGUCUCGGUUGGGAUGCCCCCAAUUUCAAUAGAUUAAUUUAUUCUAGAAUAGCAAAUUACUAAUUAUUCAGUAAUAUUUGCUGUCUAUAUUUUGUGAGCCCUCAUUAUAUAUGCAUAUAUCCCUUUGUUCUACACCAUUCUGGUCAAACUUUCGUAUACAUAGGGAGACUCCAACCACCAUCAGUAUAGAAACAAGCAUCACAACGACAAAACAGAUGCAACAGCUCCCAUCUCUAACUUGUGUGGAGGUAUUGCAUUUCAAAAAUGCCAAAGAGAUGAGGUAUCCCACAGUAAGAGAUGUGGAGCAGGGGAUAGAGGUAACAUCCCAUAUUUUACCUGCAGUAUCUGCAGUUCAGAGUGAGCAGGACUAUGGGAUCAUGAGAAUUGGGUGUUGUAACCUACCAUGUGAGAGAGGUUAGUAGGAUUAUGACAAGUUGCACAUGGUAUGAGCUCUGUCUGCAAUCACGUCACUGUUGAAAUUGUAACAAUUUCAGAGAUCAUGUCAAUUGUAACAAUUCAAAUGUGAAAGUUCAGAUGGUUAGAGGGAGGCCUACAGUACUAAAUGGGAUUGCUUGUGUGAACAUUGUCUACAUGGUGGCAACGGUUGUUCAAGUAUUGAAUAAAGCCUUUUUAGUAAGACUUGUGUGAAAAUGAAGUUUGCUGUUCACUUUAGGAAUUACGGAGAAAAAUAAUCUUAGAAUUACAGCCACAUUUUAAUUGGAUGAAAUGUUUACAUAGCACAAUGUGCCAAAGUUAUUUACUUAUUUGAUUUGCAUUGUCAAUACAAUUUGUGAUUCAAGUUUAGGUGAGGGACGUGCAUUGACUAAAUGACUAAUAAACCAAAUUAAUGAUCACAAGAAAUUGUCAUUUGGGAUAUUGAAUACGGUUUGUUUAUUUUUUGCUGUAGGAAAAUUGGGUUGAUUGAUUCAAAUCAGUGGCAAGGGAGGCAGCAUGGAGGUAACAUUUAAGUGUAUAUCUUUGUAUAUACAGUACGUUUGUCUAUGUACAUAUUGUAAGCAACAGCAGUUACUAGUGAGUUGGUCUACUGUACAGCGCUUGCAAUUCAUUGUUUUAUAGUUAUGGCAAAUUCAACUAAAUGAGGAAAAAUGAUUAACUUAAAUAAAUGCAUUUAUAUAA